GUCUGGCCUUGGGGCAUUUGCAGAUCCUAGGGUGGCACUGAAAGGUGGGGAUUCAGAGAAAGCCAAGAGACAAAGAAGCUGAGCAACUCCCAGCAGCAACAGCAGCAGCUGUCAGAACUGGAUAUAUGCACACAUGCGUACAUCCAUGCACACACAGGGAGAAUUCAGGCUGAAGCUGAAGCUGAUGGGAGGGAGGAAGGGUUUCAGCUGUGCAAAGGGCUGUGCAUUUCAGGGAUGAAACUGAAAACUGAAAGAAGCGGCUGCACUGCUGGUACCGUGUCAUCUUGGAAGGGAGGGAGGCAGGAAGGAAGGAAGACAAGAGGGAAGAUAACUGGCAUGUGGAAGAAGAUGGGAGAGUAACUCACUGCUGUGUGGAAGGGGAAUCUAGCUUGUACAUCUGAAAAACACCAGGCUGAGCCUGGAAAUGAGAUCAGACCUGCAUUGAAAUAGAGAAAGGGAGGAAAAGGGAGGCUGAGACUGGAGAGCUUUUAUCCUUCCUGUCUCUCUUUUCCUCUCUCUCCUCAAAGAUGAAAUAGAAGUUUAUCCGUCUCGGUGCUGCUGGAUCUGUAUAGCUGCUGGACAAAAGAUGAAGAGGAAGCUGAAAUGAAAAGCAAAGGGUGCUUACGAAAUUUACAGCUGAGAAGACAAAAUCACGCCUCCCUGGGCUUCCUUUGUGCCCCAUUGGGGGAGUUUUAACAUCAGGAGGAUUUUGAGAAGAGGUGGGGCAAAUGGGAAAGGGGGUGUUCAAAACACCUGUCCCAAGUGUUUAAAAAAUAACAAGGUGAUGGAUUUAUUCUUGACAGCUGGUGGGAACCUUGAAUUUUUCUCUACUCCCUCCAUACCUAGCUCCAUUAAAUGUGAGAUUAUGAAAAUGCAGAGGAGUUGAAGGGAAGGCGAAAGGAUAUAACGUGGAGUUUGAAGCAAGGCGAGAGUGAUGAUGCUGUGGAUUGCUGGCUUCUUGCCGAAAUAAAAAAUUCUAUUGCGCACUGGGUUGUGAUUGGAAAUCUAAUCAGAUUUUUGAAGAGGGGGGAAGAGAGACAAAAAUUUUAUCUUUUUGAGAGGUACAAAUGAAAAAUUAAAUGCAAAAGGAGGUUCUUUUCUAAAGGAGUGUGGAGGACAGAGAAAAAGAAGAAUGGGAAUCCCCAUUUUAAUGUGGAGACACAUGGAUUGGAUAAUUGAUAGUGCAGCAAUGAAAGGGGAAGAAGCAAAUUGCUUGGCAAGACCUGGAUCUUAAGUGUCACAACAAAAUUACAUUAAAAAAAUACAGAUGGGCAUUGCUUAAAAAGAAACACAGCCCUUUCUGCUCUCCAGAGAAAAAACAAAUAGCGAGCAAUGGAGAGCAGUGGAACCAGAGAGGCAGAAAACAUCCGAAAAAGGAAACUAGGCAAAAAAGCCACUGUGGAAUGAAAAGUUUCAGAAAGGAGGAGGACCAUUCAUCCUCUGCAAGGAUUUUGAUUUUUUUCUCCUGUUAUUUUAAACCACUCUUCUCCACUGAAGGCAAACAUCGAUGUUACCACUACAGCAAUUCUAGGCAGAAAAGUUGAAAGCUACAGAGAAAAUAAAGGACAGAAAAGAAGAAAGCAAAAUUGCUGAAGGGGGAAGAGUUCAGCAGUGUUGGGUUGGAUUAGCACCUGUAUGGACUGAAAUUCCUGGGAAAUUGCAAUUGGAUAUAAUUUAUUUUUAUGUCCUUUCUUGGUUUUAAUUUUGGUUUGGUUGCUGAAAUGAAAUAGUUUUCUAACCCUGCCCCCCACUCUGCUUUUUCGUAACCACUCAGAAUUCCAGCUAUGUAAUCUUUGAGGAUACAGGUGGAUGCUGUGGGGGCAUCCAGGCAACUGAAUGGAAUAGCUUCUAGUGGGCUAGUAGGAUGAGAAGGUCCAGGGGUAGUUUGGGAAAUGAGGAGAAACAUCACCUCCCAAGAUGGUAAACCUACUGCAAAGGCUAUUCAAACUCCAGAAAGACCAGUACCAAAUAAAUUAUGAAUGUUGAACAAGAUGACCUUACACCCACAGCAGAUAAUGAUAGGUCCUAGGUUUAACAGGGCCCUAUUUGACCCCCUGCUUGUGGUGCUGCUGGCUCUUCAGCUUCUUGUGGUGGCUGGUCUAGUGAGGGCUCAAACUUGCCCUUCUGUCUGCUCCUGCAGCAACCAGUUCAGUAAAGUGAUUUGCGUACGGAAAAAUCUGAGAGACGUGCCAGAUGGCAUCUCCACCAACACCCGGUUACUCAAUCUCCAUGAGAACCAGAUCCAAAUCAUUAAAGUUAAUAGCUUCAAGCAUCUGAGGCACUUAGAAAUCCUGCAGCUCAGUAGGAAUCACAUCAGAACAAUUGAAAUUGGGGCUUUCAAUGGACUGGCCAAUCUCAACACUUUGGAACUCUUUGACAAUCGUCUGACCACUAUCCCAAAUGGGGCUUUUGUAUACCUGUCAAAACUGAAGGAACUGUGGCUUAGAAACAACCCCAUUGAGAGCAUCCCUUCUUAUGCUUUUAAUAGAAUCCCUUCUCUACGGAGGUUGGAUUUGGGGGAAUUGAAAAGGCUUUCAUACAUCUCAGAAGGUGCCUUUGAAGGUUUGUCCAACUUGAGGUAUUUGAACCUUGCCAUGUGCAAUCUUCGAGAGAUUCCUAACCUCACCCCACUUGUAAAACUGGAUGAGUUAGAUCUUUCUGGGAAUCACCUUACUGCUAUCCGGCCAGGUUCUUUCCAAGGGUUAAUGCAUCUUCAGAAAUUGUGGAUGAUACAGUCCCAGAUUCAAGUGAUAGAAAGGAAUGCUUUCGAUAACCUUCAGUCACUUGUAGAGAUCAAUCUGGCACACAACAAUCUAACACUACUGCCUCAUGACCUGUUCACACCACUCCACCUAGAAAGGAUUCACUUGCAUCACAACCCUUGGAACUGCAACUGUGAUAUCCUUUGGCUUAGCUGGUGGAUUAAAGACAAGGCACCUUCUAAUACUGCAUGCUGUGCCCGUUGUCACACACCUCCCAGUUUAAAAGGAAGGUACAUUGGUGAGCUGGACCUGAAUUACUUCACUUGUUAUGCUCCGGUCAUAGUGGAGCCACCAGCAGACCUCAAUGUCACAGAAGGCAUGGCUGCAGAGAUGAAAUGCCGGGCAUCAACCUCCCUGACCUCUGUAUCUUGGAUUACUCCAAAUGGAUCUGUUAUGACACAUGGGGCAUACAGAGUUCGUAUUGCUGUGCUUAGUGAUGGCACAUUAAAUUUUACAAAGGUAACUGUGCAAGACACGGGUUUGUAUACAUGCAUGGUGAGUAACUCUGUCGGAAAUACCACAGCUUCUGCCACACUGAACGUGACUGCCCUGGAUAACCCUGGUUACACUUACUUUUCAACCGUCACAGUAGAGACUGUAGAACCUUCUCAGGAUGAGGCACAGACCACAGAGCAGGUUGGGCCCACACCAGUUACCAACUGGGAGACUACUAACAUGACAACCUCACUCACUCCACAGAGCACAAGAUCAACAGAAAAAAUGUUCACCAUUCCUGUGACAGACGCAAACAAUGGGAUCCCAGGAAUAGAUGAGGUUAUGAAGACUACCAAAAUCAUAAUUGGUUGUUUUGUGGCUAUCACUCUCAUGGCUGCUGUGAUGCUGGUAAUUUUCUACAAAAUGAGGAAACAGCAUCACCGGCAGAACCAUCAUGCUCCAACACGGACUGUAGAGAUUAUUAAUGUGGAUGAUGAGCUUACAGGUGACACACCCAUAGAGAGUCACUUGCCCAUGCCAGCAAUAGAGCAUGAGCACCUAAAUCACUAUAACUCUUAUAAAUCUCCUUUCAACCACACAACCACAGUUAACACAAUAAAUUCAAUACACAGUUCAGUGCAUGAACCGUUAUUGAUCCGAAUGAACUCAAAAGACAAUGUACAAGAAACUCAAAUCUAAAACGUUUAUGACAUUAUGGGGUAGGGGUGGGGAUGACAAAAGAUGAUUUAUAAAACAAAUGACACAAAUGACUGGGCUAAUCUACUGUUUCAAAAAAAUGUCUUUACAAAGAAAAAGAAAUUUAUUUAUUAAAAAUUCUAUUGUGAUCUAAAGCAGACAAAAUUAUGUGUAUUCCUCAGAACCUGUUUUUGCUGCACUUAUUUGCCCUCUUUGUUCCCGUUUUAAUUCCCACCCUACCCUGAUUUCCAUUCACCAUAUUUUUCAUAGGAGAUCUCAAUUCCCUAAAAGAAGUGGUCUAGGAAAUUUUGUAAGAAUUCUGUUACAUUGGGGGAAUUUUUAUGGUGAAUACUAGUGGUGAGUUCGGUUUAUUUUGUCACUUUUUCUUCUUUUUUUUUUCCCUCAUCGCCUUUUUGAAAUUAUUCAAUAGAGAAUGGAACCAUAACAUCAACUUUACAAGUGAGAAAAACAAAUAAUCAAACCUUAUUUUUCCCAUGUAAUGAUUUGCUCUGUAUUUACUGAAAGCACCGUUGUGUGAAAAAAUUGAAAAA